UCUCUGUCGCAGUUACGACUCUCGCUGCAUAUAGCGCGUUACACCUGCAGCAGGCAGUUCACCGCAUGUCGUCCCACAGGUGCUCGUGCGGUGGAGUAGCUCCGGAGUUGCCUGGUUUGUGCCGGCAUUGCGACAGUGCCUGCGUCGCCAGAGGCAGCUGCUAGGGGAAGCCCCUGUAUGCUGUGAAAGAAAAGUGGGGAGAACCUCUUCCGUUCCUGCUGCCCUGCUUUCACCGCGGUUUCCACGCUAUCAUCAAGCUCCCGAACCCGUUGCAAAGCGACGCGCUGUCGGCACAAUGGGGGCCGACAACUCGGAGCUGGCCGUACCGAGCCAGUGUCUUCCGAUGUCCGUUGACGAUUUAAGACCUCGGAGUCCAAGGCUACAAGUUGGUCUGCCAGAGCGCGGUGGAAUGGAAAAACGAGUAGAAGCAAGCAAAAAGCAGCCUGCGUGGAAGCUUUCCAGGCCGGCAGUGAUUAUCCAAGCCGGCGCGGCGUGCAGCAGCAAACCGGCAGCACCUUGGAGCAGCAGCCUGGACCAGUGGGUCAUAGGCGCUGCGUGCGUGGCCACGACGUUCAUGACGGGUGCGACGUUGCGCACCAUAGGAUUCCUCUUCGUCAACUUCCUCUCAAAGUUUGAAGCCACCAGGCAGCAGACGGCGUGGUCCGUCAGUUUCACCUCAGCGGGUGUAGCGUUCUCAGGAGUCCUGUGCAAAUUCCUGCUGCGGUGGUCACCACCUUGGCCAUUGAUAAUGGUCGGCUCGGCGUGCCAAUUGGCUGGGAUGUUCGGCGCGUACUGUGCCACAAAUGUUACUAUCCUGGCACUGACCUUCGGCCUCUUACACGGCGUGCCUGACGAGGACUUACGACUUGCCCUCGCGCCCUUCGGCAAGGUCACCGACGUCGUCAGGGAGCGGUGGCGUGCCGAGGGAGUAGCGGACAGGUAUCCACAACUAGAGUCGUGA